AUGUCGUUCUUCCGCGUACGCUUUGAGCCGGUCAAAUGCUUGUCCCCAACGAGCCAAGAACGAUCUCAAGACGAAGAGCCGACCGCGCCAAGGCGAAGGCCUAAAAGCAAACUAGGAUGCCGAGAGUGCAAAGCAAGGCGAGUCAAAUGUGACGAGACUUUUCCAGUAUGCUUGCGCUGCGUCCGUCGCGGUUUAAUUUGCUCUUCGACGCCUCGCCUAUCGCAGUGGCAAAUCGAGACGCGUUGGUACUCAUCGCAUGUGGACACCAUCGUCAAUCGGCGGCUCCUGCAAUACUGGCUAGAAAGAGUGUGCCAAAUACUAGUGAUUGAUCCUGAAAACAAUCCGUUCUCCUUCCCUGUGUUGGAAUACAUACAGGAAUCUCCGGCCCUGGUGCAUAUCAUCCAGUCCGUAAGCGCCCGUCAUGAACAGUAUUUCUCUGCAGAAGUGGCACGCAUCGCUCUCGAGGAGAGAGGGAAAGCCCUGGCAUCGUUCCGAAACGAGCUAGGGACUGGGAAGACGCGACCACUCCUGUCAAUGCUUACUGCGUUGCUACUGGCGUUAUCGCAUGGAGCUGAUCGGGACAUGACUGAUUUUGGGAAAUGGCAUCUGCUUGCCGCACGCACGUUGAUUCAUAAAAUGCUCGAGGAUACGUCGCAUCCUUGGGAUCUAAAUCCAUUUUCUAGACUUUGCCUGGGUAUGUAUCUGUAUUGGGAUAUGGGAUGUUCGUACCUCGUGCAUCCAGACGAACAACAAGCUCUAGAUACACCAGGCCUAUCAUUAGCCGUGCAACAAAUUGGACAUUGGCAUCAUCCAAUGUACGGGUUCUGUACAGACCUUAUCUUCAUUCUGGGGAACCUGGGCCGAUACUGUCGACAGCUCCUCCAUUCAGGACGCCGAUCGUUCACCCGAGAGACAAUACUAGAAAAACAGCUGUACCUGUGGAGCGCACCAUCAACCGAGCCUACCUUGACGCUUCUGUAUGAGUCACUACGAAAGCAUGGAUUAAUUCUGCUAUAUCGGAUCUGCGGAUGGAAUGAUGCCUUCACGAACCCGUGUCUCGAGGAGAUUGAUCUGGAACCUUUGAUCCAUCGUUAUGCUCUAGACACUAUCGAUCAUCUUCUCCAAAUCCCAACAUCCUCAAAUUAUCUGAACUUCCAGUCUCUCCCAAUUCUCACAGCUGGCUCAGAACUAAAAAGAGAAGAUAACAGGCUGAGAAAUGAUGUUCGGAAUCGACUUCGCGCUUUGUAUUCUAUGAAUCGAUUGCCGGCGAACCUCCACGCUCUUGAGCUUCUCGAGGAAAUUUGGAUAGCCCGUGAUACUACUGAUGAUACGUCAUCUUGGAUCCAUCAUAUGCUCCGGAAAGGAUGGUUGUUGGUCCUUGGGUGA